AUGUCACACACACCAACUGGUGCACAUGCAUCACAUCUCAAAACUGUGAUAGCAGCAGUGUAUCAUUUCCAUAUCAUAUAUGACAGUCAUUUAAGUAUGCAUCUCAUGCCAGAUGUAGCCAAAGAAAAGAAUGUGGAUGUGACUUUCUCAAUCAAGUCAGUCACCGCUCAGCAGCUAGGCUCAGGCAUCAACGGCUUUAGGUUCAUUAGUAAUUUUAACAAUUAUUUUGAGUAUCUCUAUGGUAUCAUUUACCCCGGAAGACCAAUAGCAAAUGUAUGCUUCAAAACCUUUGGUUAUAUAAGCAUAGCUCAAGCUGUCUCCUUCCUUAGCGAUUUCAAGCUUGGCCACUACACGAAGAUAUCUCCAAGGUCCAUGUUUAUGGUACAGGUGGGACCUAGGAGGAUCUUUGGUUCUCAGGGAAACUACCAACCACUGAAUUGGUUUUUCCUUGGAGGUGCAAUAGGGCCAAUACUUGUUGGGCUAUUGCACAAGACAUUCCCGAAGCAGUCAUGGAUUCCCUUGAUCAAUCUUCCAGUCCUCCUGGGGGCAGCUGUAAUGAUGGCACCAACAACAGCACUGAACUACAUCGCUUGGAUUGUAAUUAGAACUAUUUUCAACUUCCUUGUCUUCCGUUUCAGGAAGAAAUGUUGGCAGAGAUACAACUAUGUUCUAUCAGCAGCACUUUAUGCAGGGGUUGCUUUUAUGGCUGUUCUGCUCUGCUUCACACUAGAAGUAUGCCUUGGUGGGGAACUGAUGGGGAGCAUUGUCCCCUUGCAACUUGCCCUACAGCUAAGGGCACAGUGGAUGAUGGUUAAGACACAGAUUUGGAAACCAGAAAAUGGGCACAUUAAAAAUGGUAACUUGGAGGAUGCAAAGAAAAGAUAA